AUGGGCGCGCAAGUAUCUGGUCUCGGCGCCUUCUUCAUCAUCGUCGCAGUCGUCGCAGUCAUAUCCUGUAUUGGAUUCCUAGUCUACACCCAUCUACGAGCGCGACGCCUGGGCCUUCCUACCCCAACCCUCGCAUCCUACAAUCCCUUCUCGAGCGGCUCGAAUGGUUUCAAUUCAAAUAGUGGAGGUGGAGUCGGCGGAUGGAUCAAAGACAAGUACUCGAGUUUCAAGAACCGCAACAAUCGCUCAGCCGGAGGCGCCUACGAGGAACCACUGAGUAGUAACGUACGUGGACGGGCUAGCAAUCGCGGAUUUGGACCUUUGGACCCGGAUGAUGCGUGGGAUGCGAGGGUUGGGACCGAGGCCGAUGCGUAUGGGCCUGGUGGUUACUAUGAGGAGCAGGAAUUGGGACUGCAUGGCGAGCAUCAUGGUGGGUUGGCGCCCGCGGGAUAUGGUGACGAGCCUAGAGGGAGGAGUCUAAGUCGUGAUGUGCCGGAACCGUAUAUUGGGGGCACUAGAGCGGGUCUGGAUCGAAGAUACGAUGAGGAGAUGGGGGUGAGACCUAAGGUCAAUCCAUUUGAUGAUCCUGUGGAGUUGGGAGGUGAGGGGUUGAGGGGGGUUAGUCCGAGACCGAUUGAGACUUCGUCGGGGGGCCAUAAACCGAAGGAUAAUACGGUUGUGAGUCCCACAGAACAUACGGAGAGGAGGUCAUUGUUCAGGGAGGAAAUGUAG